AUGACAUCAAGAUAUAAACCAAAAAGAGUGGCAGAGCACAUUGCACAUGGUGGUGCUGGGCGAAAUGUCACAUCCCAAAAUCAGGCAAUAUCGAGGGCACAAAACAGAGUUGUGGCAUCGGUUCACUUAAAGCCAACAGAUAUCACACUAUCUAGAUCUCUGGAGAAGAAAUUUCCAGAGAAGAUUAAGCUUUUUGAUAAGUUAAAGAGUAAAGAGAGAAAGUUGGAUCUCAUGAUAAAUAAAAAGUUGUUGGAUAUUCAGGAUUACCAACAGUCAAUAGCUGGUGGUUUCACACAGGAGGACACAAAGGAUACCGAUAUUUUGAGAAUCUUUAUCUACAACACAUCAAAAAACCAGCCAUGGCAAAUGGUGCAACAGAAAGAGCAAACAAAAUCAUUGGCAGAAGGUGAGAGUGUAGAAAAGAGCACAAAGGAUCCAAGUUGGACGCUUCGUAUUGAAGGAAGAUUACUAAACGAGAAAGAGCCAGCUUCUUCACUCAAACGCAAGAAAUUCAGUACAUUCUUAUCUUCUAUAAGUGUCGAAUUACGGGCAAAAGAUGGAAAUGACAAGGAUUUGUCCAUUAAAGCAGUUCCAUCUGGUGGAAAUAAAGGAACUGAUGCGAGAAUUAUUGAAUGGCACGAUGACCCAGCUAUUCCGGAAGUGGAGAGAGUAAAAAAGCAAUUUGAUGGACUGGAUAUUUGCAGGGGAGGAGUAUCAAUUCCACAAAGUGAAGUUCCAGACGGUGACAGCAUUGAUCCAUCUGAGAGGGAGAUAGUUGCAAACAUUGUGAUCCAGCCAAAAAUGUACCCAAUUAGAUUGCAAGUUAUGAACGAGCAACUUGUGGAACUUUUGGGAUCGAGUGAAAUAACCCAAACUGAAUGUGUACAUAGGCUCUUUAAUUAUGCCAAAGUGAACAAUUUGUUUGAGGUGGAGAACUCACAAAAGACACAACCUUCACAACAACAACAGAGAGCCCCAAAUGGCGAUGAUGCGGACACAUCUUCUCAGAAUAAAGUUGUGACAAUCAAGGCAGAUGAUUUGCUUUACAGUAUAUUUGGACAGAACAGAUUGACAUUAUCUAGGAUGAUGGAACUGCUCAGCACAAAACUUUUGAAGCCAAUAAAGCCGAUCAGACUUCAAUACAGUAUUAACACUCUUCGCAACACGACUUUGGGUGACGUUGUAAUUGAUCUAAAAGUGAACACCAGGCUGACUGAUCCAAAAAUCAAACCGGGAGCAAGUAUCCUUGCAUCGAUCAACAAGCUUUUAUCAGAACAUGUCAUGAACAAGAAAACACUUGAAGAGAUGGCUAGUCUCAAUGAAGGUUUAAGAUUAAACAUUCAAGCGCUAAAUUACUCGAAAAUGAAGUACGACUUCUACAAAAAGCUGAGUGAGGAUCCCGUUAGAUUUUUGAAGAAAAUUUUGAAGCGUAAUGAGGAAUACUUGAAGAUUUUGUCUAGUGACUCGGUCUCUUUUGGGGCAAACGGUAUGGUUGACGAAGAGAUAGUUAGAAGAUCUGAUUUCUACACAGACGAGUUCUUGAAGCAGCAUAUAAACAUUCUUUUGAAUGGUGGAAGAAUAUGA